ACGGAACACAAGCGCGCUGGAGUUUACUUGGGCACUGCAAGCAUGGUCGCGGCUUCAGAGAGCUUGAUAAAGCCAAAAGUUUCAGGAAAUAAAAAGAUUUCUAAACCGCUGAUGGAAAAAAAGAGAAGAGCGCGCAUUAAUACCUGUUUGGAUCAGCUGAAAACCCUGCUGGAAAGCUUUUACUCCAACAAUAUCCGGAAACGGAAAUUUGAAAAAGCGGACAUUUUGGAAUUAACAGUGAAGCACCUGAAACAUCUUCAGAACAAUGAGAGAGUAUUCUCCGUUAACCCUGCUGUUACUGAGUAUCAGGCCGGUUUCAGGACUUGCAUAGCAGGUGUGCAGCACUAUCUCCUCAUGAGCAACGCAAACCCUGGGCUCAGGUCUAACGCGCAGGCGCACCUGAAUAACGCCCUCCUUUGCCUCAACCAGCGGUUUCCGGAUUCCAGCACCGCGGACAGCGACGCCUUGAAUUCUCGCGCGCCCACGUCGCCUCGUACUGACGUCAUGCUGCGCGUCUCUGAAACAGUGAAAGCGUCUCAAAGCUCCGAACGGAAACAGACUGGAAUCUCCAGCAAAGACCAAACAGCACACAAGCGAAGCUGUAGUGCUCCUACAAACUUACAGCAAAAUUACUGGAGGCCUUGGUAGCAUCUUCUAGACCUUCUGACUCCUUGUAGAUGUUUAUAGAUAGACUAUCAUCAACAAAUCGUUUAUUAUUAUUUACUAUUAUAGAGAUAUAGAUUUGUAAUCAUUGUGUUGAAUUACUAGAUCAUAUUUUUGGAUAAAGCUUGUGUAAAUGUCUAUUUUUAUAAUAAAUCUUUUUUUUUUUUAAA